CUCUGCCUGGGCAGGAAGCCACGAGCUACGUGAACUAAUUGAGAAGGCUGGCAUGGGCUUUUCCCUUAGGAUUGCAUCAGGUGUUACUGGUUAUAAUUAGAAGGCCACUGUACCUACCACAAGGGCGCUGGGAGUUGAAGAGCUAUGGUGAAAAGCUACUGAGUGUUGCCAAGGAUGGGAGUGGUGAGCAGCAAAAAGCAGGUCAAGGAGAAGGGGAAGGGCCGAUGGAGCCCCGUGAAGGGCAGCACCCAAAGCAGAGAACCCCCACCACUGCCGCCUCUGGUCGUAUUUAACCACCUGGCUCCUGCACCUCUCGACACACAUCCGGAUCACGAGGAUCAUUUCGUGGUGGCGCUGUAUGACUACACGGCAGCGAAUGACCGUGACCUGCAGGUGCUGAAGGGGGAGAAGUUGCAGAUCCUAAAGGAAGCUGGAGACUGGUGGUUGGCCAAGUCUCUUGUCACAGGAAGAGAAGGCUACGUACCCAGCAACUUUGUGGCCCAAGUAGAGACCCUGGAAGUGGAAAAGUGGUUCUUCAGAUCAAUUAGCCGGAAAAAUGCUGAGAGGCAGCUUCUGGCUCCAAUCAAUAAGGCGGGCUCCUUUCUUAUUAGAGAGAGUGAAACCAACAAAGGUGCCUUUUCCUUGUCUGUGAAGGAUGUGACCACCCAGGGCGAGGUGAUCAAACACUAUAAGAUCCGCUCCUUGGAUGAAGGGGGCUACUACAUCUCCCCCCGAAUCACCUUCCCCACUCUCCAGGCUUUGGUGCAGCACUAUUCUAAGAAAGGGGAUGGUUUAUGCCAGAGGCUGACUUAUCCCUGUGUGAGCCUGGCUCCUCAGAACCCCUGGGCUCAGGAUGAAUGGGAAAUCCCCCGGCAGUCUCUCAGGCUGGUCAGGAAACUCGGGUCUGGGCAGUUUGGUGAAGUCUGGAUGGGUUAUUAUAAAAACAACAUGAAGGUGGCCAUCAAGACCUUGAAGGAAGGAGCCAUGUCCCCAGAGGCCUUCCUGGACGAGGCCAACCUGAUGAAAACGCUCCAGCAUGAGAGGCUGGUUCGUCUCUAUGCCGUAGUCACCAAGGAGCCCAUCUACAUCGUCACCGAGUACAUGGCCAGAGGAUGCUUGCUGGAUUUCUUGAAGACAGAUGAAGGUAGCAGAUUGUCCCUCCCAAGACUGAUUGACAUGUCUGCCCAGAUUGCCGAAGGAAUGGCGUAUAUCGAGAAAAUGAAUUCAAUCCACCGCGACCUUAGGGCGGCCAACAUCCUGGUGUCUGAGACCUUGUGUUGCAAAAUUGGUGACUUUGGCUUGGCACGGAUCAUCGACAGUGAAUACACCGCCCAAGAGGGGGCCAAGUUCCCCAUCAAGUGGACUGCCCCGGAGGCCAUCCAUUUUGGGGUAUUCACCAUCAAAGCAGACGUGUGGUCAUUUGGCAUCCUCCUGAUGGAAAUCGUCACUUAUGGGCGGGUACCCUACCCAGGAAUGAGCAACCCCGAGGUCAUCCGCAGCCUGGAACGUGGCUACCGCAUGCCGCGCCCGGACUCAUGCCCACCUGAGCUGUACCACGGGGUCAUCGCCGAGUGCUGGCGGAGCCGGCCCGAGGAGCGGCCCACAUUCGAGUUCCUGCAGUCGGUGCUCGAGGACUUCCAUACGGCCACUGAGCAGCAGUACGAAAUGCAGCCCUAGCCCAGCUCAGGGAUGCGAUGGCAUCACAGGGGUCUCCCCAGUCCCAUCCAGGUAUCACAGCUCAGGGAUGACGCACACCUGUGGCCCAACCUGCAGAACUGACAAGGCAUGUUAACCUCGUGGCUCUUAUUCCAGCCCCAGACAGGUUGGAAAGGCAGGGAGGGACUGGUACGCUCAUUUCUUAGAUGAGGAAACUAGAGGCAGCCUGGCAGGUAGGUCUCAGCAUGGACUCUGAGCAGGAUGCAAUCGCAGUCCCACCGUUUUCCAGCUGUGUGUCCUUGGGGCAAGUUACUCAGCUUCUCUGUGCCUCCUUUGUACAACAGGAAGGACCAUUACAGUACCUACCUCAUAUGUUCCUCAUGAGGACUAUAUCAAUUAACCCGGGUAAGAUGUUCAGAACAGUGCCUGGCACACGCCUGACACACUCUUCAGUGUGUGUCAUCAUAUAAGCUUUCCCUGUGCUGACAUAGGUGACCAGAAGUGCUGUGCUCCCACCUGCGCGGACCACGCCCCGCGCAGUCUGGGUACUCCCAGGCU